AAAUGCACCUUUUGUUCAGCAGGGGGCGACGUUGUUCCGUGAACUCAAAUUCAAUACCAGCGCUGAACAUUCUAACCAAUGUCUGCAUUGUAGUGCAUCUCGAAUAAUGAGGAUGAGGAACAAAGUUUAGGCUGGACUCAAAGUACAAUUUAUAGACUAAAAUUUAAAAUCACUUUCACUUGAAUGCACAGCAUUGCCACUGAAGUUGCUGUUGAGUAGGAUGACUGUCAAAGCAGCGCUUCCUAAAAGGUAAGUCAUAUGCGAAGGAUACAUCAGUGUAUAGAUUCUUUGAAAACGUUCAUACACAUAAAUCCCUUUGUGAUAUGCAGGCAGCCUAAUAAAAGUCCCUUGGUACUUUAUUAAUGAGCCCCACCUUAUCUCUCUUUUCACGCCAGUUCAUCAGUCUAUCUCCUCCCAGGUUGUCCUAAACAGCAGCAGUGCUCCGCCUCUCUUUCUCCUCCUCUAAAAGCUGUUCACACCCGUCAGCUGUUCACUAUUGAGACCUGCACGCGCAGCGACGGAGCUGCUCUAUGACGAUACGAGCGGAUGUAUUUGUGCACCGUGGUCACAAAGAUAGAGGAACUCAAGUAGUUUUCUGUGCAAUUCAGCAAAAUAGACCAAAUUGCAUCUCUAGGCUUGCUGCUUACGUUAAAAGCAAGUGGAUUCAAUUACUCCUCAUUUGUUUAUUUUGUGGUUUAUCCACGCGACAUUGGACGCUGUUACCAGAGCGUCCAGCGCCGCCAGUAUUGUGACUCUGUACGCGUCGCGUUGUGGCAUGUUUGUGGGCCAAAGCAGAAGGAACUGAAGUCCUCAUUGCUCCUGAACAGUUUCCCCCUCCUUAUCCGUCCAACUUUGAGCACCUGGAUUCAAUGAAAAUGUCAGUCUGCGUCCACGAGAACCGCAAGUCUCGUGCUAGCACAGGCUCUAUGAACAUCUACCUGUUCCACAAGUCCUCGUAUGCAGACAGCGUGCUAAUGCACCUAAAUGCUCUUCGUCAGCAGAGACUCUUCACUGAUGUUCUGCUCCACGCGGGAAACCGCUCUUUCCCGUGCCACAGGGCUGUGCUGGCCGCUUGCAGCCGCUACUUUGAAGCAAUGUUCAGUGGAGGGCUGAGAGAGAGUCAGGACAGUGAAGUGGACUUCAGGGACUCCAUUCAUCCAGAGGUAUUGGAGCUCCUUCUGGAUUAUGCGUACUCCUCAAGAGUAAUAAUAAACGAGGAGAAUGCAGAGUCUCUCCUUGAGGCUGGUGAUAUGCUGGAGUUUCAGGACAUCCGUGAUGCCUGUGCCGAGUUCCUUGAGAAGAACCUCCACCCAUCCAACUGCCUGGGCAUGCUGUUGCUCUCGGACGCACACCAGUGCACCCAGCUCUUCCAGCUGUCCUGGAGCAUGUGCCUCAGUAACUUCCCUGCUAUUUGCAAGACUGAAGAGUUUCUCCAGCUGCCCAAGGACAUGCUGGUCCAACUGUUGGCACACGAAGAGCUCGAAACCGAGGACGAGCGUCUAGUCUACGAGUCGGCACUUAACUGGGUGAACUACGACCUUGAGAGGAGGCACUGUCACCUUCCGGAGCUGCUCCGAACUGUGCGUCUGGCUCUCCUGCCUGCAAUCUUCCUCAUGGAGAACGUCUCUACAGAGGAGCUCAUCAUUGCACAGGCUAAAAGCAAAGAGCUAGUGGAUGAAGCCAUCCGCUGCAAACUGCGCAUCUUGCAAAAUGACGGCGUCGUUAAUAGUCCUUGCGCCCGGCCACGUAAGACCAGUCAUGCCCUUUUCCUGUUGGGUGGCCCCACGUUUAUGUGCGACAAGCUCUACCUGGUGGACCAGAAGGCCAAAGAGAUCAUACCAAAGGCAGACAUCCCCAGUCCACGCAAGGAGUUCAGCGCCUGUGCCAUUGGCUGCAAAGUGUACGUGACAGGGGGCCGUGGCUCAGAGAACGGUGUGUCUAAGGACGUUUGGGUGUAUGAUACAUUACAUGAGGAAUGGUCCAAAGCAGCUCCGAUGCUGAUAGCACGUUUCGGUCACGGUUCUGCUGAGUUACGCCACUGCCUUUAUGUUGUUGGAGGUCACACUGCUGCCACUGGCUGUCUGCCUGCAUCACCAUCUGUGUCUUUGAAGCAGGUAGAGCAGUUUGACCCAGUUGCUAACAAGUGGAGCAUGGUGGCUCCGCUGCGCGAAGGAGUUAGCAAUGCUGCUGUCGUUAGCGUAAAGCUGAAGCUAUUCGCCUUCGGAGGGACGAGCGUGGCCCACGACAAGCUACCCAAAGUUCAGUGCUACGAUCCCUCAGAAAAUCGCUGGACAGUCCCGGCGUCCUGUCCACAGCCGUGGCGCUACACCGCAGCUGCUGUGCUCGGCAACCAGAUCUUUGUAAUGGGUGGUGACACCGAAUUCUCAGCUUGCUCUGCCUACAAAUUCAGCAGCGAAUCUUAUCAGUGGACUAAAGUUGGAGAUGUUACGGCCAAACGAAUGAGCUGCCAAGCGGUGGCCUCUGGAAACAAACUUUAUGUGGUGGGUGGCUACUUUGGUACACAGCGCUGCAAAACCCUGGACUGUUACGACCCCACGCUGGAUGCCUGGAACAGCAUCACUACUGUACCAUAUUCCUUAAUCCCCACUGCCUUCGUCAGCACCUGGAAACACCUCCCAGCUUGAAGCAUGGGUGUUCUUCCCUGAGUGACUCUACUGUCCUACAAGAGUUCUUUGUGUCUAUUUGUCGUUAUUGUCCUCUGGAUUCCAACUGUGAAGAAACGCUAUAACCUUCCUGUGCAAUUUUAUGAAGAGACUUUCUCCCAUAAGAGCUAAAUAUUGUGUAUGAAGUCCAGUCUCGAAGCUUUUUUUUUUUUUUCUGCUGCUGCUUCACCAGUUCUUGCUUAGAAGUUUCAAGUACACUGUCAUGUCAUAUCCUACAUGAUGUGGAGUAUCAGAACAUGGACUUCACAGUGAAAACCAAAAGAAUUGCAGCGUACCCUGAAACUCCAGUCUGCUUCCAUCGUAACCAGCAUAUUCAUCACCUCUGUCCGCCACAUUUGUGUACGCUGACCGUUUUCCUACAAUGCCGAUGCCAUGCAAGUUAAAAUAGACCCGUAUGCCUGUCUUUAUUUGUAUACUGCAUGAAGGAUGAGUGGAAGCUUUUUCAUUGGGAGAUCAACAGGACCCUCAGUGCAUGAUUGGAGAUGUUAAGAUACUCCAGGAUAAGUACCUCAUGUCCUGAUAUACGUCUAUAUGUAUGUUGCUGACUUAAAAUUUGCUGAUGUAAAAAGACUGAUGCAGACUUUUAAUGGACUGAUAAACAUCCUAUUUUGUUGGUUUAAAAAUUAUAAGGAUGGAAGGAAACAUGAGCCUUUGUUUAAAAGGAUUUGUUCUUCACACGUCCGUAUGAGGAGGACAGGCUGAUGCUGAACUGUUCCUGUUGAACAGACCUUAGCAGCUUGGUGUGAAAAAUGGACACUGCACAGUGUGUCCCAAGGUACGUGUGCCAGCUGUGCGUUUACAACUAAGUGAGUGUGGAAGAGUCAUGUCCCAGUAUGUUCAUCUAAACAAGAGUCCAUCUGACCCCACUCGACACCCGAUCAUACUCCCACCCCCUCCAAAAUAAACAACCAACAAACAGUAUGAGCAUGCCCACUGAGAAACCAACAAACACUAUCCUUCCAGCUUCUGAUGACUGACUGACUACACUUCAAUUGUGCGAGACACUUCUGUUUUGCCAAUUUUGCCUGUACUAUUCUAAGCACAUACAGUCAUGUAAACGUGAAUGACAGGAGAGAGAAAAGAGGUGAGAGUUGUUUCAUCACCCUGUGAAGGAAUGCAAUCUCUAUUGCAAGAACAACAGAACUGUAAAUUAAAAAAAAAAAAAAAAACAGGACAAGAAAAAAGUGAAAGAAACUGGUUGUCUGGCUUCACCUAUUUCAGUGUCUAUUAAUAGUCUUAAUUUAUGAUUUGUUUUAAGCUGUUUGUUUUGUUUGGUUCAUUGUGUAUUAACAAUAUUUCUGUUUUAUUUAUUGUUAAUUUUUCUGCUUGCGUACAUGUUUGGAUGUAUAGAAGCUGACAGGUUUUUGUACUGCGCAUGGCUCAAAAUGCUCUGUGUUCCUGCUGCUCUUUUGCACAUUUACAUAAGGUCAUUUUGACUGAGCAGGUGGAAUUUUUUUUGUGGUCAGCAAACUCCAUGAGCCUCUUGCUCAUCUGAUCAAAAACAGGGAGGCUUGGGGGUCAAAGGUCAUUGACAGGAUAAGAAUGGGCCCAAUGAUGUCACAGGCUCAGAUUACCCAGGGUAAGCAGGUCAGCAGUUGGGGGAGUUGGGAAGUGGUUUUGAAAGUUUGGAGGACGGCAAGGAAAGUGCUUAAAAAUGGAGGGGCAGUUCACACAAAAAUGAAAAAUGUCAUCUUGUAGUCAUCCUCAGAAUGGUCAUUUUGGGGUGAACUAUCCUUAUAAACAUAUGGGUCCUAUAGAUGAAGCAAUUGAAAUGAUCUGAUGUGCUUUAAGAUAAGUUCAUCUGGUUGUGAUGGUGCUCUGACGAGCUGUUUCAACUGUUUGUGAACUCAUUAUAUAGUUUGACCUCAAGCUUCCAUUUAAAAAGCUUUUAGAUCACUUACUACAACAUGAGUGUAGUUUAGAAAGUGCUUUCGACCAGAGGCCAGUGCCAGAUUCACCCUCUGUAGCCCUGGCCUGCAUCCUUCACUCUGUCAUUACUGAAACUCAGACUGACCUUGAGUUUCUUUGAUUUGUGAGGGUCCUGUAGAGCUAUCUGAGGAAUGUGACAUCCGCAGCUGCUCUCAGAACAGCUGGAACUUUCACCAGCUAUUCGUAACUUUGACUGUCCCUUACAGUUCAACAGUGUAGGAAUAUGUCACAGACAACUUGGUGGAUGCACUCUUAAAAAAAAAAAAAACCUUGUUCAGACUGUCAUUGCUUUUUCAUGUUCUCACGCCACGUAAAAAUUAAAACAUAUCGGAUGUUGUUUGUAGAAAAUUUGCUAAACUUCCUUGAAGAAACAAGGUUGUGUUGUUGCGAAUAACAAGUAAAGUAAAAAAUGACAAUGUACUGCUACUCCACCCACCUCUUUGAGUUUUGAGACUGAGACCACAGCACGGAAUAAAGCUGUGCAUGCAGCCCGAUAAGACGUUAUCUUGUUAUCCCUUAUAAUAAUCCAUCGUGAUGGCAGCAUGUCGUCAUUUUGUAAGACAGCAUCUGGAUUGCUCUUGUUGUUUUAAGCAUAGACAUAACAUCAUGACAUCAUUGCCAUAGAAACCAAUGCAGAUAUUGAGUAAAAUGAAAGAGCAACAUGGACAAAUUGCGAAUUGAGCAGUAGCCCUACACAGCGUGGACAGUCAGUCAUAUAUUUAGAUCGGAUUCCAAUCGGAUAUGAAUAAAACAAGGCUGAAAAAGGCUAAAAACAAGGCUAAAAAUACAGGUUACAAAAUGAUUUUUUUUCGCAGUGAUGCCAUAGACAAGCCAUUUUGGGUUCCCCAAAUAACUUUUCAGUGGAUAGAUGCUUCCAAGAAUCAGUUUUUUUUUCCUACAUGGUGUCUACAUUAGACACGAAUUACGCAUUGCACAAAAACAAACAAGGCCCAUUAUAAACAGGCAUUUGUGCUAAUUCCGACAACAGUAAAAAUGGAUUCUCAACUUUUGCUUUGCAUUCAUUGUAGACGGCCUUUUACCUGUUAGUGUUUUUCCUAUGUAGAUGCAGUGUUAGUAUGAAGAAUGAUUAUUUUAAUAAUCUAAAGAACCGAAGUUGUCAGUAAUAAAAUGAAAUAAAAAUAAGAACUUUAGUUUUAAGAGUGGAUGUUAGUUGUCUGUGACAUAAAAAAGUGAUGAUUCCAUUAUGCAAAUUUAGUGAUGACCAAAAUGAUGUUUAUUAUAAAGCUAAAUCCCGAAGGUCUCAAAAUAAAAAUAAAAGCCCAUAGUGCUUUCAUGUCAAUGCCAAAUGCACUGCCUGUAGAGAGGAUCUGUCUGUUUGAAUGUCCACUGCAGAGUGAUAUAGUGACAACAGGUUUUGGGUUUGUUUGAAUAACACCAUGGCAGUUUACUACACUAUAGCUUUUGUGACAACACUGUUCUACAUGCUACAAACUAAUUAUAUAGCUUUAUAUUAAUAGAAUAUAGUAUUCUAUGUAGUUCAAUUGCACAGCAACUAAGUGGAAGAAAAGCCCUGAGAGGAAAAUCAGUAUCAAGCAUUCCUCCCAAAACCCCUCUCAUCUCCUCCAAGAAAUUUUUGCAUACAAUGUUCCGAUUGGCCUUUAGGGUCUUACAUCCCCCUCCCUCCCCCUUCCAGAAUACCUUUUCACAGGACACUGCAUACUCUGAGCUCCAGCCAAUCAAAAAAAGAAAACCCUGUCUGCCCCCACUAGCACAGAACAGUUGCCACAGCGAUGGUCAACAAUCCUUGCAUUUGAACUAGUAAUAGUCAAGUGUUUUGUUUUUCUCUCUUCUCUCUCUCUCUCUCUCUUACUCCUUUUCCCUCUCUUCUCCUGCUGAAGUGAAAGAUUGAUUCAGAGGUGACUCAUUAGCCCGUGUGCAUUGAGAACUCUUAAACGCUGUAUGCCUUCACAGACGCAUUGCUAAAACACUGUCAGUGUCGGGCUGUACUGUUGUUUUUGUGGGUGUCCUUUUUCUUUUCAUUUCUAUAGUUGUUGUUUUAUGCAAUUGUUUUGUUAUUUUAUCUCAACCACUGCGGUUAACAUUAUUUUGUACAAGUGAUUUUUUCACAAUGUGAAAUCCAUGGCUUAAUAAAGAGAGUUUUUCCUCUU